UAUCAAGGGUUUAGUUUGGUCUUUCGUGUCUCGCGGAAGACUAUGGUCAACAUGAGACUAAAUCACUUUCUCUUUUUAACAUUUUUAGUCAUAUCAAGUAUUUUCAUGGUGUACGGUAAACCACUCGCCCAAGAUAAUGAAGAAAAAGAGCGCUUAAAAAGAGACGAACCUGAAGAAGACGCACCUGACUCUUCAGGCGAAGAACAAGCGAGUAAGGAAGAAGACAACCCAGCGGGAGAUGAACAAAACGAGCCUGCUGAAAAAGGCGAUGAACAACAACAUCCACAGAAUGAGCAAAAAAUAGACGAUGAAAAUUCUGUUGAGCAAAACAGGGAUGAUGCUUCUACAAACGAAGCGGCUGAUGAAGCUGAAGAAAACAGCAAAGAUGAAAAGAGGAAAGGUUCUAAGAGAUGGCUCCUCAACGGGUAUGCUGGCUAUGGAGGUUGGGGUUAUCCUGGCCUGGCUGGAGCUCAUGGAUAUGGCUUAUACCCUGGUGCAUUCGGGCCUGGGUAUGGUUUGGGCGCUGGAUAUGGUCCCGUAGCUGGUCUCGGAGCAGGUCUAGGCUGGCCAGGUUACUGGUAUAAGUCUAGCAUACCAAAAGCAGCGAAAUCCCAAGGUUCGUCGAAGAAGUUUGGUGUUGAACAUCCAUGGGGGUAUGGUCUCGGAUAUUAUGGCGGUUAUGGUGGUUAUGGUGGUUAUGGUGGUUAUGGUGGUUAUGGUGGUUAUGGUGGUUAUGGUGGUUAUGGUGGUUAUGGUGGUUAUAGUGGUUAUGGUGGUUAUGGUGGUUAUGGUGGUCUUGCCGGCCCGUUGGGUGGAUACUAUGGUGGACCUUAUGCAUUUGGAUUAGGUUUUCCAGGAUAUGGCGGCUUUUUACCGAACCCAGCUUUGUUUCCUACGUCCUUUUUCAGGUCUGGUGUUCCGACCAAAUCAGAUAAGAAAAGCGCAAACAGAAGAGGAAAUGUAGCUAAGAGAUUUUAUUACGGUCAUUUUGGUGUUCCGGCUGGAUAUGGAUAUCCUGGGUGGGCUAAUUACGGACAUCCUGGAGUCGGUUUUGGAGUUCCUGCCUUCGGUAGUUAUAGCCCUUUCCUUGGGUAUGGGCCUUUCGGUUCUUGCUUCUAUAAAUCCAAAAUACCCAAAGACAAAAAGGACGGUAGUAAGACGAAGCGAGACACAUCUGGCAAAGCCGAUAAGAAGUGCUGUGGAGGAUGUGGAGGAUGUGGAGGAUGUGGAGGAUGUGGAGGGUUUUUGGGCUGUGGAGGCGGCUAUGGAGGACUCGGAGGGUGUGGCGGAUUUGGCCUAGGAGGAUGUGGAUUAGGCUUAGGAGGUUGGGGUGGAUUCGGACAUGGCUUAGGAUAUGGAGGAUUUGGCCACGGUGGCUGGGGAUGGGGCGGUUAUGGCUAUCCUCUCUCGGGUGGGUGGGGUUUCGGAGGCCUUGGUGGCUGGGGCCCAGGCUGUGGAUUCUACAGAUCAAAGGUUUCAGAGCAUGAUAAAGCGAAGCAACCUGAGAAUAAAUCGAAACGGGAGGCUGAUGAAGAUGAACAAACAGAAGACAAAGCUGAGGGAGAGCAAGCACCAGAAAGUUCAGAAACAAAAGAUGACAAGAAAGACAAGGGUAACUGCGGCUGUGCACCACCAUCGUCGGACAACUCCGAAGGCAACAAAGCUGGAAAGAGAUGUUGUUGCGGGGGUUCUGCAUACUUGGGAUUACCCUUUUAUGGAGGUUAUGGAGGAUACGGGGGAUGGGGAGGGUAUGGCUUAGGAUACGGCUAUGGCUAUCCUUUCCUGGGGUAUGGUGGGCUAGGUUUUGGUUUAGGUUACGGUCGUGGUUUAGGUUACGGAGGAUGCGGUUUCCCCUGUGGAGGUUCUCUUGAGCAGGUUGUUGAUCCAUGUGAUUUUGGAUACACUUCUAUGGCUGGUCCUUGUGGUUGUGCAUCUUGCUGUGGAAAGUCAAAGAUUUCAAAAGAGAAAAACGAUUCUCAGAAAGAGAAAAGGAGCGCAGAAGCUGAUAAGAAGAAACAGUCUAAGCGGUGCGGAUGUGGAGGUUGCGGAGGUGGAUGUGGAUUAGGUUUUGGUGGCUGUGGUGGCUGCGGAGGAUGCGGCGGAUAUGGUGGAUGUGGUGGAUGUGGCGGAUGUGGUGGAUGUGGUGGAUGUGGCGGUUGUGGUGGAUGCGGCCACGGCGGCUGGGGCUGUCAUGGGGAUUGGUUUGGUGACAUUGGACAUGAUGACUGGUUUGGAGGGUGUGGUUGUGGGGGAUGUGGUUGUGGGUGUGGCGGAUAUGGAGGACAUUGUGGAUAUGGAGGUCAUGGAUGGUACGGUGGAUGCGGUCAUGGUUGCGGUGGCUGUGGGGGCUACGGAGGCUGCGGAAGCUGCGGAGGCUGCGGAGGCUGCGGAGGCUGCGGAAGCUGCGGGGGCUGCGGCUGUGGAAUUUUCCGAUCUAAGCUUGCCAAGACUGACAAGAAACAAACUGAAAAGCAAGCAAAAGAUAGCUCGCAGCCCACCCAAGAUAAAAAGGCAGUACCAAAUGCGGGAAAAGAGGAGGAAAAGGCAACGAAAAGGUGUGGCAUUUGGGGUGGUUAUGGAGGAUGUGGAGGACUCGGUGAUUUUGGUGGCUUUGGAGGUUGGGGAGUUGGCGAUUGGAACUUCGGUGGUUGUGGAGGUCCCUUCGGAGGCUGGGGUGGAUAUCCAGGUUAUGGCUAUGGCUACGGAGGCUGUGGUGGCUGCGGAGGCUGUGGUAGCUGUGGAGGCUGCGGUGGCUGUGGAGGCUUCGGGGGAUGUGGCUUUGGGGGUUAUGGUGGCUGUGGAGCCCCUUGUGCUGAAGGAGGACCGUGGACAUUUUUUAAUGGCGGCUGCUGUAAAUCUAACGUGGGUGAAAAAGGUUCUUCUGAUAGUGCUCAUGAUGGAAAGUCUCCAGGAAAAGAAGCUGCGCCAUUGUCUGUUCAACCAGCUGGGGGACCUGGACCUGUAGCCAAACCUGCCGCUGCCGCUGUCAAACCUGGUCAACCAGCACCAGCACCCGCUAAAAGCCAAGAUCAACCAGCAGCGCAAAGAAAGGCCUCUAAACGCUGCGGAAUUCCUGGCUUUGGAGGUUGUGGAAACUGUGGGGGCUGUGGACAUGGUUUCGGAGGCUUUGGAGGAUGCGGAGGACUAGGAUAUGGAGGAUUAGGGUGUGGAGGACUAGGAUAUGGAGGGAUUGGAUAUAGAGGAUUUGGUUAUGGAGGCUAUGGACUACCAGGUUAUGGAUAUGGUUUCCCCGGCGGCUAUGGCGGUUAUGGCCUAGGAUUUCCAGGUUAUGGAUAUGGUUACGGUUUCCCAUUCGGGUUUGCUCGAUCAAAAGUUCCUCAGAAGAAUAGAGACGUGAAGCCCAAUACUCGUGGGGAAAUCCCUGUGGCAGACGAUUACACUCAAAGGAAGAAGCAAACUAUUCACCUUGGAUAUGGCUAUGCCAGUGGUGACAACUAUCGUCUUGGAUAUGGAUUUGGUGGAAUGGGAGGUUUAGCUGGCUAUCAUGGAGUUGGUGGCGUUACUGGAACUUCCGUCUAUCGCUCUAAAAUACCAAAAACAAGUGUGAAAGGCAUUAAAAGAUGGGGCUGGGGACAUGGUGGGUAUGGAGGACAUGGCUUUGGACACGGAUUCGGUCAUGGCCAUGGAGGGUGGGGAUAUGCUGCACCUUACGGUCAUCCCAUUACCCAUCCGGGAUUCACCAGCAUUGGAUUUCCUGGACAUGCCUUGGCAACGUUUGAUGUCAAAAACAGUAUUGCCCAGAAGCGGGGAAAACAAAAGCGACAAAUAGUUCCUUUUGGUGCCGUAAGUCCUGGUCCACUGGCCUUACCUGCAUCUGUGCCUGCUGCACUUCCUGCUAUUGCACCUCUGGCUUUGCCUGCUACAUACCAUGCUCCUGUGUAUGCCCCAGUUGCACACCCUGUUGCCACUAUUCCUUCCUACGCCGCUGUGCCCGCGGCAGGCGCACUACCAGCGACUACUUUACCCGUUGGCUUCCACCUUGGUGGGCCAGCAGUUGCCGGACUGGCUCUAGGCCGCUCUAAUACGCCACAAGGUUUUGGACCUUUUGGUAACAUAAAAAGAUCCGAAAUGCCAGAAGAAUAAUUUAACGCGUUACAGGUUGAAAAAAAGAACACGGAAAGUCCAUCAUAUAAGAAAUCACAGGGAAAAAAAUGAAUUUUUGUUUUGUAUCGUCAAGGAGAACAGCUUUGUUAAGAAGUGCUAUAGUUCAUUUUUUAAUUAUGUACGCGGUGUGGUCAUGUUCCUGAUCUGCACACAGACAGUAAAUAAUUUACCAGAAACGUUUUUAAUUUCAAUUUGUCGAAAAUAAACUGACAUCACUGAUUUACAUA